CACCCCCCCCCCCCCCCCUGGAGUUAUGCCCCAGAGUGCUGUGCGCCGAGCGAGAGGAAGGCGAUGGACGCAACAGCGGGGCAGCAGACACUGGGGGAGGUGAUGCAGGCCCUGACGGCCAUGGGCUUUGAGGAGUCCCGUGUGCGGGAGGCUUUGAGCGCGGGCUUCGUGUCACUGCAAGAUGCAGUGGACUGGCUAAUUCAGGGCGACAGCGUGAGGCGGCAGCCUGGCGACAGCGUGAGGCGGCAGCCGGACAGCAGCGCUCAACUCUCCCUCAAGUGGCCCGCUACGUCAGUGAGCCAGGGCGCCAUGGCAGCCUUCAACCAUCCAACCGAGCUACCUGGAACUUCCCAGAGCAUGGAUUCUGCACAGCUGGGAGCUGGAAGCCAAGAAUUCAAGGUGGUUUCCAGAAAACGGAACCCCGAAAAAGAAAAUUUUGGAGACAAGCAGAGAGAGCAAGAAGCCAUUGAUGCCAAGGCAGAGAAACAGCGCAAGAUCAAGGAGCGUGAAAUGGUUUUGAAGAGGAUUGAGGAGGACAGAAAGCAGCAGCAAGAAAAGCCAUCGUCGCUUGGGUCUGGACCAAGCACAGAGGGGGGCGGCGUGCUUGGAGGCCGCCGCCAGACCAGUGUGUCUGGACAGUGCCUCCUACAGAUUCGCCUUCCAUCUGGAGAGUUAUUGCGCGACCGCUUCCCGUGCGCGUCCACUCUGCGCAAUGUGCAAGCGUACCUCAGCGAACACCGUCCUGGGCUCCCAUUGCCCGUGCAGCUCUUCCAGCCAUACCCACGGCAGGACUUUGGCACCGCUGAACUAGAGCUGACGCUCGCAGAGUUGGGGCUUGUGCCCAAUGGCACACUGUGCGUGCGUCGGCCUGAGGAGAGUCCCCGAGCAGAUGCAUCUCCAAGCUGUGCCUGCCCCAUGCCUGAAGAGGGUGGUGUCACUCAGUCAACACAGGGCCACUUAUGUGUGUCACAAGAUGAAGAGGCUGUUAAUAAUGAAGCUAUCACAACACAGGGCGGCAACGCUGUUGGAGUCGACACUCCUGUUGUGACAGACGUGACGGUUAAUACAACUGUGGACUGCAGCGCGGGUGCCAGAGAGGGUGAGGGAUGUUCCUCUGCAGAGCAAGAGCAGGGACGCGGGGCACAUACAGAGAGAAGUACUGAGCCAAGGAGCCACGAAUCGGGCAGGGAUCAAGCCAUGGACAUCGAGAUCGACAGUGGGGACGCGGCUGAGGAGGCAGCACAGGAGGCAGCACGCGGCUCCGUUGGGCAGAUGGAGCUGGAGGAGCAACCCCACCCAGACUUGGACGAGGAUGGACAGCUACCACAGAGGUUUGGCUUCCAUCACAAUUGGGCGAGAGGACUCAACUUUGAUGCAAUGGAGGAGCAUGAUGACCACCGUUUUGAUCCUCAUGAGAGAUUUGGACUGCUACAAGGACUGGGCUUUCCUCCAAGAGCCAGGCAGCACCACGAUCUUUUCCCAGGGCAAGGACACCGGCUACAGGAUGAGGGUGCAGAUGGUGAUGGGCCUGACCGUCAGCCGCCGCACUUUGAGAUGGCGCUGCCCCCCUUUCCCAGUGUGAACUUUGAUCCUGGACUGAGGCCAACACGUGGCAGGGUUAUUUCACCGCUUGGCGAGUUGGCAUUGAGCACGGUGUGUGUGCUGAUUACCGACCCCAGCAUGCAGUUUACCAGCAGCCUGGCCGGGCUGAACCCAUCUGUAGCCGAGAAGAUCAUUGCUCAUCUGGUUAAGGAUGAGAGGCUACGUCCGAGGACCCUUGAUUUGUUCCGAGGCUGUCCAUUGCAGUGCCUGCGCUUGGACUGCUACUCGCUCACCACUAAUGAACUGCUUCAUCAGCUGCGGCUAUUUCCAUCCCUCAAGAGCCUAAGCCUUCUUUCCUCCUCACUCAUCACUGACCGGAGUCUCGAGUGCCUUACAUCAUUGUCGCGGUUGCACCACCUCAACCUGGCGUCCUGCGUUAUGCUGUCCGACAAGUGUCUCGUUUACAUUAAAGAGCUGAGGAGCUUGAAGCAGCUGGUGUUGGACAGGACGCGAGUGACCGAUGCAGGCUUGCUUGCGUACCUGGAGCAGGCGCCGCCGUCGCUCGUCCAGUUGAGCCUGAACCAGACAGCUGUCACCGAGGCCACCGUGCGGGAGCUGCCGCGCACCGUGCCACAACUGCAUGGACUCAGCGUCAAAAACACCGCGGUUGUGGACGUGUCCUGCUUGUGCCAGCUGCUAUCAUUGCAUGCACUCAGCCUGGACAACACGGCGGUGAGCGAGGAGUCGCUGGCCGCACUAGCGGACCACCCUACGCUCGCAUAUCUCAGUCUGUUUGGUGUUCGCUCAGUUAAAGGCGACCAGGCUCUGCGUCUUCUCUCAGGGCUAAGGCUCAGCGUGCUGCGUCUGCCGUGCAGGCUCACCGUGACGGAUGCAGGCCUGGAACAUAUCACGCGACUCACACUGCUCACAGAGCUCAACCUCACGGACUACAUUCACAUCUCUGAUGCCGGCGCACAGCACAUUGCAUGCCUCAAGGGCCUGAAGCAGCUGGUGCUGAGUAACACUCGUGUGACGGACUGUGGCCUCGAGAAGCUGCGUGGUCUUCGACUGCUCGAGGAACUCAGUCUGGACCGCACGCCCGUCACCAGUCGCGGUGUGGCAGCCUACGUGGUCUCCCUGCCACACCUGCAGGUGCUAAGCCUGGUGGAGACGAAUGUGGGGAACAGUGUCCUGAAGCAUGGGAUUCGCCACUGCAACCGCCUCACCAAGCUCAACCUGAGCCGCACGCGCAUCACAGACAAGGGCCUGAGACACCUGCGCUUGCCGGUGCUCGCGCAGCUGAACCUGGACCAAACGGGGGCCACCUUCGCUGGUUUGUCGGCUCUCUUAACGGCCUGCCCCAGCAUCGUCUCUCUCAGGGCCAGUGGCCUGAGGACCAUCAGCAAUAAUGAUGCAUCCGAUGUGGAGGAGGCAACGGUCGGUCCUUAGCCUGUGUGACGUGAGUGGGCUGUGACUGGGUAUGGAGCAAAUAUACCAUUGGUGCAUUAUCUGCCACGUACCCUUAGACGUUCCACCGAAAUGCAGAAAUUUGGAAGUUGUGCACUGAAGUUUUAAAAAUUUCAGGCUGAAAAAAAUGCACUCAUGUGGAAGACCAGUGGUUCAGAGGAUAUGUACAACUCGUGUUUCAGAGUGUUAAAAGUGGUGGUGUCUUUAAAGUAUGCCGAUUGGAAGGGUAAGUGGACCAGAUAUGUGGUUGAAACAUAAAGCAAUAACCUAGCACUGUUAAGUGUGUUUAUUAAAUAUCAGCUCUUAAAUGUAUGGCCUCUUGCCAUGGUGAAUCUACGUACGUCUAUAGAUGUAUGAUGCCAUUAAUACAGUCUAGCUUAACUGGCAUAAUAACAGUGACAUCAAUGCACCACCUGAAAUACAUCAGCUGAAAUGUAUAAUGGCAGUCACUUUCGUAUGGAUUCAUAGCAGAUAAAAGAUGUAAUUUUAGAUGUGUUAUCCACUCUUGGCUGUUAAGCACAGUGGAUCUCGUCCAUUCCUCCUUUGAAGGAAUCAAGACAGCAGGUGUUUACAAUGCGAUUGAUGGUUUGGGAUGUGGCCGUGCUCGCACCGAAUCUUUGAUGCUCCAUUUGUGCAUCAGGUGGCCACAUUGGCCAUGCCCGAUCCUGAUUCGGUUGAUGGUCGAGCGUUGGCAGCGUGGAAGGUUGAAAUUGGGAGGUUCGACGGUCGGCUCCUGUAUUAGAUGUUUAUUUUUGACGUCGGCCGCAGUCAAGACUUGCUUCCAUCUCUCGCCUUCAUUUGCAUUUGUGGUGUGGAGUGAUGCUGCUGUGAUUCAGAAGCUGUGGCAUGGUUUUAGGUGAACAGGCAGCGCUGGAUUUACAUCCCAAUGUAUCGGAAGGUGUGGGCUGAUGAGAAUUUUUUUUGUACUCGGGACCGGCUGCUGUUUCACGACAGAUUUGCUGCGGAGCGAUGUGCGUGAGCACUGAGAUCCACUGAACAGGGUCGGUGUCGAUUUCAGCGUAACUGAGAUGGCACGCAUUGUGAUGUUCAGUUGCGUGUCGAUAACUCAAGUGAGCGAUGCGUCCCUACACAGGUGAGCAAUAUACAUGGCAGUCCCUGAAUUACGUAGACUUGUUGAUUGUUCAGCAAAGUGGCUUCAAGGAGCAAGAUUAUAUUUAAAACAAUCGCAGAUUACUGACCCCAACUUGGAUUGCAUUUUGACAUUUACAUUUUUUUGUUUCUUAAUCACUUGUAUGCUCACAUUGAAAUACUUUGCAGCAAUGGCAUCGAUGACCCAUUUAUCCAAGACAUUCAUCUCAGGGCCUUGCAUGUUCUGCUGGUGUCUAACAUAAAAGGUUUGUUAUUUUUGUACAGGGAACUCAAAUGCACUGACGAUCUUUGAAAGUUGGAGCAAAUAUGGAUAAAGUAAAAAAGAUAUGUUACUCUCAUCACUCCAUGCCAGUCUAUGCAUGAUAGAGAUAUAUAUGCAGUAAAUUACAUUGAGCCAUAUAUCACGUAUCUGAUUUUGCGGUUGAGUUUGGAAAAGCUGCUUGAUGUGAAUUAUAUUUGUUUGAGGUCAAGGCAUUAAGUCGAUGCAUAGAUAAUUUAAUUUUUCUGAGCAAUUGUGCUUUUGGAAAGUGCUUUCAUUUUAAAUAAACCACAUCUGCAAUACUGUAAUGCCCACAAAGGACACAUAAACUAGACAACCAUUAACAUUUUAUACAGAAAUAUGAUUUACCGUAAUAACAAUAUGGUGAUUAUAAAAGUGACAACAUAGUUCAAUACUUAUUUUAAUUGCAAAAACCCUUGUGAAUGUUGCAUGUUUUAAUAUAUAUCUUGAGUUCAGAAUGAUACAGAAUUUCAGCAUUUGCAAUGCAUGUAACAACUGAAUACAUUAAUUACAAAAAUAAUGUAAUAUAUUUUCAGCUUUUAAUAAACCAAAGAUUCACGAUACGUUUCGCAUUUGUUACGAUUCAGAAAUUCUUGUGAAUACUGAGCAAAGGAUAUCCAGGUGCAAUCUAUUAAAAAAUGUACAGCUUUUAUUUCAUACAUACACAGAAUAUGUACAUGCACAAUAUUGCACCCUAAUAUCCUUUAAAACUGCAGGCAGUACACUAAGUAUGCUUCACAUUAAAACAGUUCUGAUUAAA